AUGAAUGGAUUGAAUGGAUUUAUUCGCACUGAAAACACGCAAUUCCUUGAUGAUAACCUGACCUUCAAGGUUUCUGAGCAGAGUGAUGAAUAUCCAGCUAUAUCAAAGAAACUUGGCUCUUUCGAGUUAGAUGUAGAAGCUGGUGAUUUCUCCGACUCUGACAUUAUUGUCAUGAUUGGAGAGAACGGAACAGGAAAAACCACCAUGAUUAGAAGUGGAAAGGCCUUCAUGAACAUCUGUUAUAAGCUGCAAAAGAUUAGUCCGAAAUGCGAAAAUGUUACGGAAGUAAGGAAGAAUGUUGCUCGCAAACACUAA